CGGCACUCGGCAUAUAAUCACUACUCCGAUCGAGUAGUGUGUUUCUCCAGGGAAGUGGGUUACUGCGCGCGCGCGCGCGCGCACACACACACACACACAGAGAGAGAGAGAGAGAGAGAGAGAGAGAGACGAUGGAUCGGAGGAGGAUCAGGGUGCUCCUGGUGGAGGACGAGGAGAUCCACAGGGUUCUGGCAAGAGCGGUGCUGAGGGCGGCCGGCGUGGAGGCGGAUGAGGCGGAGAACGGCGCCGAGGCGGUGCGGCGCGUGCGGGAGCGCGUCGGGGGCGGCGGCGCGUACGAUCUCAUCCUCACGGACAAGCAGAUGCCGGUCAUGGACGGCCACGAGGCGACGAGGCAGAUCCGGGCGAUGGGGGUGACCACGCCCAUCGUCGCCGUGUCCAGCGACAGCCUCCCGUCGGACGUCCAGGCCUUCACCGCCGCCGGCGCCGACGACUUCACGCCCAAGCCCCUGACGAAGGAGAAGGUGGGCCACAUUCUCUCCAAGUUCGGGCUUGCGUAGCGGCCAUUAACUAGUACGGUACUUAGCUUGGUUCAGGACGCGAACAUGCUUGAUUCCUGCAGAUGACGAGGCACAGGUGCCCUUUCGACGACAGAACAUGAGGUGCCACACUACCUCCCCUGCUUCCCGUACGUAGAUGGAUUAGUGCUAGUAUUAAUAUAUUGUUUCCUCCUUGCUUCGCUGAUAUAUAUUAAUUUUUUGGGGCUUAUUUAAGGAUUAAUUUUUCUUUUAGCUAUAACUGUGGAUUAAUUUUUCUAGCACAAUAUAAUUAUGGAUUAGUGAAUAAUAUCGGUUGGACAUUUUCUUUUGAGAAACAUGUCGUUUGGACUUGUAAAAUCGAAUCCUUGUAUAUGAGCAGCUACUGGCAUUAUUGGU